AUGCAGAUUAUGUUUUACAUUAACAUUACGCCGCAUGCACAUUUGAUCUGCGAUAUGGCCACGUAUGAAGAGUUUAUACAGCAAAAUGAAGAUAGAGAUGGUAUACGGUUCACAUGGAACGUAUGGCCUUCGAGUAGAAUCGAAUCUACACGUCUGGUCGUGCCUCUUGCCUGCCUGUACCAGCCGUUGAAGGAAAGGCCCGAUUUGCCGCCGAUACAGUAUGAACCAGUACUAUGUACUCGAAAUACUUGUAGAGCUAUCCUAAAUCCUAUGUGCCAGGUUGACUAUAGGUCAAAACUAUGGGUCUGCAAUUUCUGCUUUCAACGAAAUCCUUUUCCACCCCAAUAUGCUGCCAUAUCAGAACAACAUCAACCAGCAGAGCUCAUACCAAACUUUUCAACAAUAGAGUAUACUAUCACCAGAGCUCAAACAAUGCCUCCAAUCUACUUGCUCGUAGUUGACACAUGUUUGGAUGAAGAAGAACUUGGAGCAUUAAAGGAUUCUCUCCAGACAUCUCUCAGUUUAAUGCCCCAAAAUGCUCUUGUUGGGUUAAUCACAUAUGGCCGUAUGGUACAGAUACAUGAAUUGGGUACAGAAGGAAUAUCAAAAUGCUAUGUUUUCAAAGGUACCAAAGAUUUGACAGCUAAACAGAUUCAGGAACAAUUAGCUAUAGGUCGUGUAAACGCUCCUAAUCCCCAGCAACGUCCUGGUGCUCCUACACCACAACCUCCAGCACAUCGCUUCUUACAGCCUGUGAAAACUUGUGACAUGGCACUGACAGACCUCCUUGGUGAGCUUGGACGAGACCCUUGGCCUUUAGGUAUUGGAAAGAGACCACUGAGAAGCAGUGGUGUUGCUCUCUCUUUAGCAGUUGGUUUACUUGAAGUAACUUACCCUAAUACUGGUGGAAGAAUUAUGCUGUUUCUUGGAGGCCCAUGCUCACAAGGCCCAGGUCAAGUUGUAAAUGAUGAGCUGAAGCAGCCCAUUCGUUCUCAUCAUGACAUUCAGAAGGACAAUGCUAAGUAUAUGAAGAAGGCUAUUAAGCAUUAUGAAGCUUUGUCUCUAAGGGCAGCAACAAAUGGUCAUUCUAUUGAUAUAUACUCGUGUGCAUUAGAUCAAACUGGACUUAUGGAAAUGAAACAAUGUUGUAAUUCUACUGGUGGGCACAUGGUGAUGGGAGACUCAUUCAACUCAUCACUGUUCAAGCAGACAUUCCAGAGAGUUUUCGCUAAGGAUCAGAGGGGAGAUUAUAAAAUGGCAUUUAAUGGCACAUUGGAGGUGAAAUGUAAUAGGGAACUCAAAAUAUCUGGUGCGAUCGGUUCAUGCGUAUCUCUGAACGUGAAAGGGCCGAACGUGUCAGAUCAAGAGGUGGGCAUGGGCAACACAUGUCAAUGGAAGAUUUGCACAUUCACUCCUAGCACUACUAUGGCAAUAUUCUUUGAGGUGGUGAACCAACAUGCAGCAGUUCCUCAGGGUGGCCGGGGCUGCGUACAAUUCAUCACACAGUACCAACACUCCAGCGGACAGAGGCGUGUUCGCGUUACAACCGUAGCUCGCAAUUGGGGUGAUGCAGCGGUCAGUCUCCAUCACAUAGCGGCUGGCUUUGAUCAAGAAGCAGCAGCAGUAGUCAUGGCUCGUUUAGUCGCUUACAGGGCAGAACUGGAAGACGGACCUGACGUGCUGCGUUGGUUGGAUAGGAUGCUUAUUAGACUGUGUCAGAAAUUCGGCGAGUACGGCAAAGACGAUCCGAACAGCUUCCGUCUGUCAGAGAAUUUCAGCUUGUACCCGCAGUUUAUGUACCAUCUCCGACGGUCGCAGUUCCUCCAAGUGUUCAACAAUUCACCAGAUGAGACUACAUUCUACAGGCACAUGCUGAUGCGUGAGGAUUUGACUCAGUCGCUCAUCAUGAUCCAACCGAUCUUGUACUCAUAUAGCUUCGGCGGUCCACCGGAGCCGGUGUUACUAGACACGUCGUCUAUACAGCCCGAUCGUAUCUUGUUGAUGGACACGUUCUUCCAGAUCCUGAUAUAUCAUGGGGAGACAAUCGCCCAAUGGCGCGCCCUCCGCUACCAAGACAUGGCGGAGUACGAGAGCUUCGCGCAGCUGCUUCGCGCACCCGUGGACGACGCACAGGAGAUACUGCAGAGCAGGUUCCCCGUGCCGCGAUACAUCGACACGGAACAUGGCGGCUCACAGGUAACAAACACAUCUCAGUACGGACUAUUACAUUAUACUGAGAACUUUAAGAAUAAUUUUUAA